UUUAAGAAUGUUGACGUCUAUAUUGUGUUUAGAGCACUUCCUGCUGACCAGCGGUCACACAAAGUACAUCAACAACCAAGAGUCUUCAAUUUCAAGUCUCGUUCGUAGCAAAGUUUCUCGAUGGAUUUCUCUCAAUUUGAGAUAGAUUCCGACUGGCUGAUCAUUUUGAUAUCACCUAUAGUCAUCGUAUUCGUUUAUCCAUUUGUAAUUAUGGCUAUCAUGUAUUCUGUUACUGUAUUUCUACGUGUAUAUCGACUUCGUAGACGAGCAAUUUUUGAUGCUUACGCGGAGAACUUUUGGGACGGAGCGAAUCAAGCAGUCGCUGCUUUUGUAGAUGCUCAUGGCGAGUAUUGGCACGGUUAUGAGAUCGUUGGUUUGGACAAGUUACCCGAUAAAGGACCAGCAUUACUCAUCUAUUACCAUGGUGCAUUGCCCAUUGAUAUGUAUUACAUUAUGGCUAGAAUUUAUAUUGAAAAGAAAAGACGAUUAAGAAAUGUUGUUGCUACGUUUUUGUUCCAUAUACCAGGUUUUCAAAUUGCUUUAGAGGUGUUUGGUGCGGUGGAAGGCCGGACCAGAGAACAAUGCAUAGAAAUAUUAAAAAAUGGUGAUUUGCUCGCUAUUUCUCCAGGAGGGGUAAGAGAGGCAUUAUUCUCAGAUGAAUAUUAUGGUAUGAUAUGGAACUCUAGGAAAGGUUUUGCUAAAGUUGCCAUGGCAGCAGAAGUGCCUGUUUAUCCAGUGUUUACACAGAACGUAAGAGAAACCAUCAGAGCGCUUAAAAUAGGUCGUGGUAAGCCCUUACUUACAAGCCAAACACUUCACAAGGAGCUUAAUAUAUGGGGUUUAACAGUGCUUUAUAUUUAAGAGAGUGAUUUGGAAAUGAGAAAAAACGAUUUUUUAGAGGCACUAAAGCGUGGGGCGUAUAUCAAAUU